UGCAGCUGGGCGAUUUCAUUUGCCCAGUUCUUAAAUUAGAAGAGAAUAUAAUAUUUAAGAAAAUUAUAUAAAAUAGAAUAUUUUGAAUGAAAGUUUUCCGAACGCCACAUAUUCUUUCAUAUCUGCAAAUAACAUCAAAGUUUGAAUUUCCCUGAGUUGCUGUGCCUUGGACACUUAGAGACCACAAUGAUCCUGCUGACAUUUCUUUAUGGACUUUUCCAACGCACCAUAAAGCUGUUCCUGGGCAAGAAGGCCAGCAGAGUUCAGCUCAAAGAGUUUGUGCGUAAAAAUGCAGCCAACUCUCUGUCUGUGGCCAACAUGGUCAUGGGCAUGACUUCCAUUCUCUGCAGCCUGAACGGUCACCAGUAUGCUGCAUGCUGGUUGGUUCUGAUUGGUUACCUACUGGACCUGGCAGACGGUGCAGUAGCCAGACGACUGGAUGCCUGUUCAGCACUGGGUGCCAAGCUGGACGACUUUGCCGACUUCACCACGUUCGGGAUAGCGACCUCGCUGCUCCUGAAGACCCGCGGGCUGAUGGACAACAUCCUCUGCUUGUGCUACGUCAUGGCCGUGUUCACCCGCCUCUGCUUCUUCUCCAGCGGGAUUCCCUUCAUGUACCGCGGGCUGCCCUGCAUCUACUCGUCGGCCAUCUUGGCCUGCGUCUCCCUGCUGUCCGGCGGGAACAUGCUGGUCCUGCGGGUCACGGCUUUGGCCAUGAUCCUCUUCAUGGUCAACCAGGGCUUCUACCCCCACGACAGGGUGCUGGAGUCCCAGGCGUGGAAGAAGGUGGUCUAUGCCGGAGGAGUUGCCAUGGUGUUCUGCUCCUCUUUCCCUCCUGCAUGUGUUUACUACCUGCUCUGGUCCGUCUCCUACAUUUUAUUUCCGACAGCCUUGUGGAGCUGCAAAGUGUAACUGCUGAGGUUUUAGUCAAAGACUCUUUCUCUUCAGGCCUAAGGAGGCCAUCCUGGAUCUAGUUUUUAAAAAACCUCUUAACCUACUGCUGUUUAUCAUCAAAUACUGUACAUUGCUCAUUUAACCAAGGAGACUUCUCAGUCAUUUUUUAAUGUAAGAGACAAACUUUGUUAUUUUCCCCUUUAAAAACUAUUGCAAUGGUUGAAAAUUUGGUUGGGUAGAAAUAGCAUGAAAUACACACAUUUGCGGUUUUGAAAAUGGAAUACCAAUCUGUUUUUUUCCAAAUACAGAAAAUGUAAAAUGCGCUAAUGCUAUGGCAUAGAUUUUAACCUUGCAGAACAGAAACGGAUAUGUAACGGAUAUUAUGCAAUGCAAUUAA